CGCGAAACAGCAGACUACGCCUGGACAGCAGCGAUAUCUGGAAGCUGCCUCUGCAAAAAAGAGAAAAUGGAUUGGCAGGCGCAAUGUGACAGAGACCUGGCAUCAGCAGUCUAUCAUGGAAAUGUUGAUGCACUGAAAGAACUCAUAUCAAAAGGUGGCAAUCCAAAUGCAAAGGGCUAUAAUAAUGAGCCACUGCUGUUACAUGCAGCUGGCUGUAAUAAAGUGGAAGUUGUCAGAUAUCUUCUGAAUGAUCUCCAUGUUCCAAUUGAAAUCCGUGACAAGCAUGGACAUACGGCUCUUUUGACUGCAGCAUCACACGGAGCCUUGGAAGUGCUGCAGUUCCUGAUCUCAGCUGGUGCCAAUAUUCUGGCUACAAAUGCCUUGGAGGAGACAGCACUGCAUCUCUCUGCGCGCACUGAGUCAGUGGAGACCUUCAAGUUCCUCCAGCAGUCAGGAAUUCCCAUGGAUGCUGUGGAUAUUCGAGGCAGAACUUUUCUCCAUCAUGCAGCUGAAUUUUCAUAUCCAAAGAUGGUGGAAUGCAUCUUACAAGGGGGCUGGCUGCCUGUUGACUGCCUAGACAAGAAUGGACAAACACCACUGAUGUUGACAGCAGACUUCCCACGGAAUGAGAGAGAUCCUGUCAUACAUAGCAGCUGGUUCACUUGUGAAGAUUAUGUCAACCAGGUUAUAAAACUGCUUCUUAGUGCAGGAGCUGAUCUUUCAAGAAAGGAUGUGCUUGGAAGGACUACACUUCACAGAACACUUGGCAAUAGAGAAAAUUUUGACUUCUUAUGGAAAAAAUGUAAAGAUUUCACACAUUCUGUUGAUAAGAAAGGCCAGACACCAAUACAUAGAGCGCUCUCAGCUUUCCGCUUUCAUUGGGACAUGCAUCACAUAAUGCGACUCUUGCUGGAAGCUGGUGCAGAUGCCAAAUCACAUGAUUCAGAAGGAAGGACAGCUUUGUACAUUGCAUUAGAGAAGCAAUGUUCUUAUGAAGUGCAGGCAUUAAUAAAAUCAGGAGCUGAAACAUCAUGCCUGGAGAAAGACAGUCUCACUAAGAUUCUCCACAUUGCAGUCAGGAAUGAUGACUAUGAGCAAACAAAUAGAAUGAUUGCUGAAGGUGCAGAUGUAAAUGGCAGACAGAGUUUUAACAGAGACUCGCCAUCAACAGAAAAAGGCCACACUAUAAGAUGUUUGGGGUGCUAUGAAGCAGGCGGACCUGUAUAUUAUGAAUUGUCGGGGGAAUCUCCUUUGUUUGAGGCACUUAGGUCUCCAAAGAUCUUCAAAUUGUUGAUUGAUUCUGGGGCAAAUGUGAAUUUCAAAGAUGACCAUGGUUGUACAGCACUUCAUAGAGCUGUUGCUGAUAUGCGCUGUGAGGUGCUGGAAAUGCUGCUGGAUGCUGGUGCUGAUCCAAAUAUUGUAGAUGAUUGUGGAGUAUCAUCGCUCCACACACUAUCAGAUAGACGUGCAGAUGUCAGGGACAUUACAAAAUUUGCAGAAAGGCUCUUACAAGCUGGAGCCAGUGUGAAUGUGGCAGAUCAUAAUGGCAGAACACCAUUACAUUACGCAACAAAAAGAGGAGAUUCAAAGCAUGUGAAAAUUUUACUCAGUGCUGGAGCCAAUGUUCAUGCGGUGGAUGUGAAUGGUGCAACUCCACUCCUCAUAACUGAUAAACGUCACUUUACACAGAUAAUCAAGUUAUUGGUUGAUGCUGGAGCAAAUGUGAAUUUGAAAGAUGCCCAUGGUUGUUCACCACUUCAAAAAGCAGUUGAUAAUAGAAACUUUGAGGCCUUGGAAGUGCUACUGGAUGCUGGUGCUGAUCCAAAUAUUGUAGAUGAAUGUGGAGUAUCACUGCUCAACAUUGUGUCAAGUAGACCUGUGAAUACCAAGGAUGUUCCAAAGUUCGCUGAAAGGCUUCUACAAGCUGGAGCCAAUGUGAAUCUUAAAGAUCAUAAUGGCAUAACAACACUUCAUUGUGCAGCAAAGACAGGAAACUGUAAGCUCAUAGAAAUUCUACUCAGUGCUGGAGCUGAUGUUAAUUCCAUGGAUGUGAAUGGUGCAACUCCAUUACACAUGACAUCUAAACACUGCUUUAUGCAGGCUGCACAAUUACUGCUUGAUGCUGGAGCUAAUUUAAUAGCAAGUGAUAAAGAUGGUCAGCAAAUCAUACAUAAGGCUUCGCAAUUUGGGGACACUACAGCCAUUGAUUAUCUUGUGGAAAAGUGGCCAUCAACAUGGGGCUGUGACAGCCAUGGAAAUACAGUUCUACACUUUGCUGCUAGAAGUCGUAGAAAUAGACUGAUCAGCAUAGAGCAUAUCCUAAAGAGGAAUCUGGUGUCUGUAGAUGAGAGGAAUGUGGAAGGACAGACAGCACUAGCAAUGCUUGUGGAGCGCGGUAGUAAAUCGCACUCUACACACGGUGAAGUAGAGAUAUUGUUGACAGAAGGAGCAAGUCCCACUACAAUGGACAACAAUGGGAAAAUGCCUCUGCACACCGCAGCUAGUGUCGGCGAUGUGAAGGUAAUGGAGGUCUUGACUGCAGCUGGAGCAGACGUCACAUCGAAGGAUGUCACUGGUCGAACACCCCUGCACUUGGCAGCUGAGGCACACAAUGUGGAAGGUCUGGAACUGUUACUGAAAAAGGCAGCAAGCAUUGAUGAACAGGACAGUGAUGGCCAAACUCCACUGAUGCUUGCUGUUGGUAGCAGUACUGCAGUCAAUUUACUGCUGAGGAAAGGUGUGAGUAUUAGUGUGAAAAAUCACUCUGGGAAGACAGUGCUGGAAGAAGCAAUGGAUCACGGCAGUCAUGGUGUAGUGGAGGCCUUGGUUGCGGCUGGAGCAGAUGUCACAUUGAAGGAUGUCACUGGUCGAACACCCCUGCACUGGGCAGCCAAGGCACACAGUGUGGAAGGUCUGGAGCUGUUACUGAAAAAGGCAGCAAGCAUUGAUGAACAGGACAGCGAUGGCCAAACUCCACUGAUGCUUGCUGUUGGUAGCAGUAAUGCAGUCAAUUUACUGCUGAGGAAAGGCGCGAGUAUAAAUGUGAAAAAUCACUCUGGGAAGACAGCCCUGGAAGAAGCAAUGGAUCAUGGCAGUCAUGGUGCAGUGAAAUUACUGUGGACUGCAGUAAGCAACUUAAAGGAUAUUCCACAGGAGUAUUGCAUCAAAGCAGUUCAUGUAGCUGUAAAAGCAGGAGAUGAAGAGAUAUUGGACCAUUUGAUUUCUUUGGGGAUAUCCUUGUCAGACUGCUGGUGGGAUCCUGAGCAUGAGACAACAUUGCUGCACUGUGCAGCACAGUCAAGUGUGGAAAUGCUGAAGAAACUAAUAGACAAUGGUCACACUGAAAGUACACAUGACCACAAGGGAUUCUCCCCAUUACACAUUGCAGUUCAAUCAUUAAAUUUUAUGGGCACAAAAUAUUUGCUUGAAGAUGCAAAUGUUCCAGUGAAUGAGAGGAAUGCUGAUGGUAGAACAGCCUUGAUGUUGGCAGUCAGUGAUUCUUGGUACUAUCCUGAUGUAUUUGACAUGCUUGAGAUUCUGGUGAAUGCGGGGGCAGAUAUUAAUGCUAAAGACAAAUAUGGGAAGACUGCCUACCAGUUGGCAUAUUAUGCUUGGGCUGACAUGACUCAUGAUGUACUAGAUUAUAUGCAAUUUCGACUGUGAUUGUAUAGGGGAAAUGGAAAAGUUCAGCAUGCCUUUGAAGGACUGAAGCAGUUCUUUACCUUCAGUAUGCUUACCUGUACAUGGUGUUUCUGUAUUUUUAAUUACAUUUAAGUGCCACCUGAAUAAAUAACUAAUCUUUA